AUGAGGCUCGUCAGUUCAGCCUUCCUGUCUGCCCUGGUGCUCGUGCCACGACGCGGCGCCGACGCUGCACAACCGGCACAAGCAAAGGCUGACACGAUUAACUGUCUCAUUGAGCUUAAUGCCGCGAGGGCCAAGGCGGACCUUGAUCCCUUCAGCACAGAGCAAACGGCCGCAAAGAAACUGCCCAUCGAAGAACAGGGAUACAAAGACGCAGUGGGGGAAGUCACCCACAACGGUGGAAGUUACGCAAGAGACGGCACCUACGCCUACGCACCACAAGAGGGAACUACAGGAAACUGCACGGCUGCAGUCCGCCACUGGGCAGAAGCAUACGUGAAUUUCGGAGAUGACCCUCCUCCUGUUUACACAAAUGACAGCACCGGAGUGUACGCUGAUGUUCGUAACAGGUCCUUCGUGGCUCUUUUCAAUCCGAAAAAGAGCGCCACAAUCGACUGUGCCUACUUCUCUUGUCCCAUCUCUACUGAAGAAACUCCAAAUGGAAACGGAGGUUCAAGUAACGGCGGAGGAAGCGGCAGCGGAUCAGGCGGCAACGGAGCAGGCGGCAAUGGAGCGUUAAACGGCCGAUCACAAGAAAGUGAACACCACACACCAACUGAUCUAGAGGGACAGUCUGAGGAAGACGAGGCAGCCCCUUUUGCCUUCCCUGUAUCCGAAGAAACAGGCAGCAGGCAGCUUCAGGAAGACCAGAAGGAUGAAGCGGCUGAUUCAGCCCAAAAGCAGCCACCUAGACGCCUCUCAACUUCCACACAGUUCGUAAGGGGCCUCGUGUGUCUUACGAAUCCGCCAGCCCUGGUUUCGGGACAAAUGCCUUUUACUAUGACUUUUGUGCUGUCUGACCUUUUGUAA